GGGAACAGAUCAUGUACCGAACGACGACGCUACGAUCGUGCUGUAAGCGUUCUUUUAUGCGUUUCCGUCGAAAAGUAUGUAAGUAGGAAGCCCGUAGGAGACCCUGAACUGGUCAAUAGCCUCAGAAGAGGGAGGGUGUCAGCUGACCUGGAAGUUGAACUCCAUACAGACCUGAGGAUUGCAGGGGCCGAUGAUUACCUGCCUAUGAUAACACAUUCAUGUUGUCAUUCAGUAGGGAUCGCGGUUUUGAACCCGGUCAGGCGAGAGUCAGAAGACGGGGAAUACCUAUGAGCGGGGCCGCUGCACAGAAGAGCGGGUCGCCCGCGCUGGGCCCGGAAGUUGCCAGCAACGCGCCUCGAGGUAGGGCCUGUACUGCGUUGGACGCGCGACUACGUACGCACAAGCGCCGGUGGCCCGCUGCAACCGGGCACGACGGCGACCCGACGGCGCCGUCGGACGUGAGCAGUGAAGAGUCGGGCUCAGAGCGCUGUGAUGAGCGGAUGAGAGAUGGAAGAGCUCGAUGGACCUUAUUUUCCUCCUAAAAGUCGGGAAGAAGGAUAUUUGUACGUGAAUAUACGAUGGUCACUUUGGAAGUUUCGCUUCAGUCGAUGCACCUCGCCGUCCUUCGGGCGCAUUGUGGCGAGUAGCCGGCAGCUUUCGAGUUAUCUGCGAUGUGCGAGAAAAGUACUCAGUGCAUGUACAGGAAGACUAGGAGGCUCAUGUCAGAGCAUGGCGAUCGACCAAGGAUGCGCUAUGCGAGCCGCCGCUUUGCUAUCGUGCCAGGAAAGUGGUGUGAAUGCGUGCAUAGCCUCGUCGCCAUCACAUGUGCCCAAGACCACCUGGAUCAGCCUUUGUGGAGGAUGGUAGUCAGGAGGGU